AUGUCGAUUUCAGGACUUCGCGCGAAGCAUCAACAGGAGCUAGAAAAUUUGACUUUAGCAACACAACCUUUUAAGACCUUAAAGCUUUUCACUUUGGCUAUUAUUCGAUAUCUAGAGCAAUCGGUGAUAUAUCUGUUGGGACAUAGUGGUUGGCUUAUGCUUGUGAGUACCAUCGUGGUGCUAAUUGGGAUACUGCUUUUUACUAUCGAUGGUUGUCAUGAAAAGCAUGUUGAGGAAGUCCUGCAAUAUUUAUGGUUUGGCUUAUGGUGGAUGUCCCUUGGUGUUGCAUCUUCUAUUGGUCUUGGAUCUGGUUUGCACACCUUUGUCCUUUAUUUGGGCCCUCAUAUUGCCUUAUUCACGAUAAAAGCAAUGCAGUGUGGCCGAGUUGAUAUUAAAAAUGCUCCAUAUGAUACCAUACAAUUCAAAAGAGGCCCUUCAUGGAUUGACAAGGAUUGCUCAGAAUUUGGGCCCUCAAUGUUUUCAUCCUUACACGGCUCACGAGUCCCGCUUUGCAGCAUAUUGCCGCAAGUCCAAUUGGAGGCUAUUCUCUGGGGCAUUGGAACUGCACUGGGAGAGCUUCCUCCAUAUUUUAUUUCCAGAGCAGCGCAUGCAGCACGUAUGUCGGGUGGCGAAUUGGAUGCCAUGGAAGAAUUAGAUACUUCCUCGACUGAAGAUCAUGGUGUCAUAGCUACUCAUCUUAAUCAAGUCAAGGGCUGGUUCCUAUCACAUUCACAGUACUUGAACUUCUUUACCAUUUUGGUGCUUGCUUCGGUGCCAAAUCCGUUAUUUGACCUUGCUGGCAUAAUGUGCGGACAGUUUGGGGUUGCUUUUUGGAAGUUUUUUCUUGCGACAGUGAUUGGGAAGGCUAUUAUUAAAACUCAUAUACAGACAGUAUUUAUUAUUUCAGUAUGCAAUAAUCAACUUCUUGACUGGAUAGAGAAUGAGCUAAUCUGGGUGUUCAGCCUUAUACCUGGUUUUGCUUCUGUCCUGCCCACCCUCAUUGCUAAACUCCAUGCCGUGAAAUACAAGUAUUUGGCAACAAAACCUCCUGCGCCCUCAAAUAUGAAGGGGACGAAGUGGGGCUUUUCAUUUGCUUCAAUUUGGAACACAGUCGUGUGGUUCUUGCUAUUGAACUUUUUUGUCAAGAUUGUGACUGCAACUGCACAGAGGUACCUUAGAAAACAGCAGGAAAAGGACUUAGCUGAUUUGGAAAACAAGCCCUCAGCAUCCAGGGACACAGCUGACUCAAAGCUAUUGUCCCAGUGAAGAUGCGAGAUUUCAUUUACUCCCUGUUUUGUUUUCUUCUUUCCUGUUUAGAAUUAGGGUUGAUAAGAUUUUACCGACAACUUUCAUAAGUUGCCAUUUGAGCCACCCAGAAAACCCUCCACAUCAGAAUCCACUGUCUGCAUGUUGUAUACAAAGGUCUGAAAUAGCAGGUUUACUUAACCGGUGUAGUGUAGGGAAGCAUCGUUUCAUUGUUAAGUACAUUGGAACUUCAUUAUUCUUUGGCAAUUCAAGACAAAUUGUAUGCUUGUGCCUUCAGCAGGCUCAGAAUUCUGGAUUUGUACAUCAAGGAUUGAAGUACUUUAAUUUGCA